CAUGCGUUAGAUUUGAUGCUAUAAAAUGAUUGAGUGUGAAUCAAUGUUACUAUUAUUUUCAUUCUCCGUCAUGAAACUGUUUACAGUCUUCAGUUUAUUGUUAAUAACUUUCGUGGGUGUCAAUACUCACCCCCAACAGAUUCACUUAUCACCAACAGAAAAUCCAGAUGAAAUGACAAUCAUGUGGAGCACCGAAAGCAAUGUUAAUCGAACUGUAGUGUUUUAUGGUUUAUCAAAUAACUCGCUUACUCAAAAAGCUGAAGGAACCUAUCAAAAUCUUGUGAAUGAUGAUUACUAUGUCGAUUUAUGCGUUAUUAGAUUUAUGUGGGCCGGUACAAAAUCUCAACGUGUCCAUAAAGUUACAUUGAAAGGAUUAUCUCAAAAUACUAAAUAUUAUUAUAAAGUUGGUAGCGAAGAAAAUUGGAGUGAAGUAUUCAAUUUUACUACUUUACCGAAAGGUAACGAUUGGGAAACCAAAAUGAUCAUUUUUGGCGAUUUGGGAGAAGGUAGUCCCACUACAUCCUGGUUAAUUAAGGAAGCCAAAACUAGAAUGUGGCAAGCUUUCUUUCAUAACGGUGAUAUUGCCUAUUGUUUAGAGUCGAAAGGUGGAAAAGUAGGAGACAAUUUCCUCAACGAGAUACAACCGAUCGCCGCUUAUUAUCCAUACCUCGUAUCAGUGGGAAAUCAUGAAUCUUACGGCAAUUUUACUAACUUUAAAGUGCGUUUCGACAUGCCUGGAGAAUUCGAUAAUAUGUUUUAUUCUUAUAAAAUUGGAAAAGUUUUACUCAUUGUCUUUUCUACUGAAGUCUUCUACGAAGGAGAAGACAGAAAUGUGGUAAAUAGUAAUCAAUGGAGAUGGCUAAAGAGCACCCUUAAAAAUGCUAACAAAAGAGAAAAUAGAAAACAACAGCCAUGGAUAAUCGUAGCUGGACACAGACCGAUCUAUUGUUCAACUACAGUGUCUGAAGCUUGCCCAGAUUAUAAAUUACAAUCCGAAUACGAAGACCUUUUCUUUAAAUAUGGAGUAGAUAUCGUCUUCUCGGGUCAUGAACACGAUUAUGAGAGAUCUUAUCCAAUUUAUCAAAAUAAUCUCUGUACUCCAAAAGAAGAUAAUCCAUAUAUAAAUCCGUGUGCACCUAUUUACAUCAUCAGUGGAGCAGCAGGAAAUUUUAGAGGACAAUUUAUAUUUUUAGACUUUCAACCAAAUUAUAUAGCAUAUCGUAGUCGUGAUGUUAGUUAUACUCGUUUAACAGCUUACAACUCCACAGAUCUAUACUUAGAACAGGUUUCGGUAGAUAAGGAAGGAGAAGUGAUCGAUAAAGUCUUGAUACAUAAAGAUCAUCACGGGCCUUAUUUAUCAAAUUAUCUUUAAAAUAGAAUACA